AUGAGCGAUGGAGAUGUGGACAGUAGCAGCAGAGUGAAUCAACCCAGUAGUAAUGUACCGAGGAGAGCAGGAGGAGGAGGAGCCGAUGAGUUUGGCCGGGCAGUGUCGAUAGUUGCGGUGGCGCAGAUAUGCGAGAGCGUUGGGUUUCAGAGCUUCAAAGAGUCUGCGAUGGACGCCAUGGCAGAUAUUGCCAUCCGAUACCUCCGUGACUUAGGGAAGAUGUCGAGUUUUUACGCCAAUUUGGCAGGCAGAACCGAGUCCAAUGUGUUUGAUAUUAUUAGGGCGCUGGAGGAUUUGGAGUCAUCGCAAGGGUUUUUGGGUGCGGCGGAGGUGGGUCAUUGUCUUGCAGAGUCCGGGAUUGUAAGAGGCAUUGUGGAGUAUGUAGGUUCGGCUGAGGAGAUCCCGUUUGCACAGCCGUUGCCUCGGUUUCCAGUGAUCAAGCAACGAAAAUUGAUCCCGAAUUUUGAGCAGCUUGGGGAGGCACCGCCAAGUAAGCAUUUGCCCAAUUGGUUGCCGGCUUUCCCUGAUCCACACACUUACAUUCAAACACCAAUGUGGAAUGAGAGGAAGACUGAUCCUCGAGAAGAUAAGAUCGAGCAGGCUCGGCAGAGGAGGAAGGCUGAGAGGUCUCUGUUGAGUCUGCAGCAGAGGUUAUUGUGCAAUGGAGAGGCUUCUAGUUCAGGAGUAGCCUCUGCAGCAGUGGCAUUGGCUGGUGGCAACGGCAGUAAUGAUGGAAAGGGAUUGUUAUUAUUACAGGGGAAUGAGACUGAUCAAAGUAAUCCAUUCCUUGAACCCCCAAUCCAGCCGGGGGAGAAAGAUGCAUCAGUAUCCCAAGUGGUUUUGCCAUCCCGGUUUUCGGAUGAAUUGGCAAAAGGGAACAACAAUGAUGGUUCUUCCCUUUUGGAUGCGUUUGCGCCCGCCAUUGAAGCAGUGAAAAGCGGAGCAUGGAUGGAUGGAGACGACGAAAGGAGGCAGCUUCUUCCUGAAACCAGACCCGCAGUGAAUUUCAAGUUGAGAAGCGGGAAGAAGUUUUUGGGGCAAUCUUCGGAUCUGAGCCUGCAAAAGAAGGGUUCCGGAAGACCGGCAUAUUGGUUCGGGCGAGAGGAGGAGAGGGAUGACAAGAAGAGGAGAGCAGAGUUUAUUCUUAGACAGUCGAUGGAAAACCCACAGGAACUCACUCAGUUGUAGAUUAAUUUGACUGACUGGUUUUCUAGGGAUUUUAGAAGUGGGGCUUUUGUGUACUUCGUUGUUCUACAAGUAGAGUCUGGCUGUUAGUAGUCCCACUCUCACAUAUUUUUUUGUUAGAGGUAAUGUAAAUGUAUUUUUUUUCCCUUUCAAUUUCCAUGCUUUCUUGUGAACCAAUUUUUCUAGGUUGAAGUUGUUUUUUGGAGUUUUUUCACCACCAUUUGAUAUUUGUAUUGACACAUUGAAUUCUAAUAUUGAUUUGAUCAUGUAGAAA